AUGGCUGGGGCUCGGCCCGGGCAGUGCCAGCGCACGGCUGCGGAGAGCCAGCAGGAGGCGCUCCAGGCUCCGAGCAGCGUCCAGGGCAGAGGUGUCACCUGGACUUCAACCCCCCUCCUGCGUUCUCAGCUCUCCUAUUUCAGCCGCUUCCACUCCAUGGAGGCCGAGCUUCGCUGGCAGGAUCCCCUGUUGGCCGGCGAGCUUCGCUGGGAGGAUCCCCUGCUGGGGGGGCACCACAGCCUGUCCGUGCUGGUCACAGGAGUCACCCACAAAGAGGGGACCCAUCACUACUUCAUGAUCUCCAAGCUGGAUGAUGUUCAGAUCGCGUACUACAGCAGUGACACGCGAGAGGUCAGAUCCACUCAGGAGUGGGCAGAACAGGCCCUGGGCGCUGAGUAUCUCCAGGAAAAGACCCGGGAGUUCUGGCAGCACGAGAAGGGCUCCAAAGGAGAUAUCAGGAGGUGGAUGCAGCAGCACAACCAGACGGGCGGGAUUCACACUGAUCAGGUUCAUGUGGGCUGUGCCCUGAGUGACCAGGACCCCAUGGACCCAAAGUUCCAGUGUGCCUACGACGGGAGGGACUUCAUCAGCUUUGAUGUCCAGACGGGGACGUGGGUCGCAGCCAUGCAGCCGGCCUUCCUCCAGAAGCAGCGCUGGGAGACACAGAAGUUCUGGACUCAGUACGUCCGGAGGUACCUGCAGUCCGAGUGCCUGGGGACCCUGCAGAGCUUGGUGCAUCAGGGGAGAGGGGUCCUGGAGCAGCAGGCACCUCCCACGGUCUCAGUUUCCCGCAGAGACGACCCAGACGGCUCUGUCACCCUCUCCUGCCACACCCGGGGCUUUUACCCGCGUCCCAUCCACGUCUCCUGGGUGCGGGAUGGAGAAGACAUCCUGGCGGAGAAGGACUCCAGUGGGAUCCUGCCCAAUGCUGAUGGUACCUACUACACAGAGUCAUCCCUGGAGAUCUCCCCGCAGCAGGAGGACGGGCACCGUUAUGCCUGUCGAGUGGAGCACAGAAGCCUGCCGGAGCUCGUGCUUGUCUGGGAAAUGGCCGAUCCCUCAGAGAAUCUGAUUUUCUGGACAUGA